AUGUGUAUAAGUACGGGAGCGAAGGUUCCUGUUACUAUAAUCACUGGACAGCUAGGUGCUGGAAAAACAACAUUGCUCACAUAUAUACUAAAGGUCCAGCAUGGGAAACGGAUUGCCGUGAUCUUGAACGAGUUCGGAGCUGGUAGCGCCGACGAAAAAAGCCUCGCGGUCGGAGAGAACGGAGAAACCUUCUCCGAGUGGUUGGAACUAAGGAACGGGUGUCUAUGCUGCUCGGUUAAGGAUAACGGGGUUAAGGCGAUAGAGAUGUUGAUGGAGAAGAAGGGAAGAUUUGAUUACAUUUUACUGGAAACUACAGGAAUCGCUGAUCCAGGACCCGUAGCCAGUAUUUUCUGGUUAGAUGACGAGCUAGGUAGCGACCUAUAUCUAGAUGGUAUAGUUACCCUAGUCGACUCCAAGUAUUGUAUCUCCCAACUAGCUGAAAGUAGACCUGAAGGAGCGGUUAAUGAAUGUGUUCAGCAGAUAGCUACAGCUGACGUUAUCAUUUUGAAUAAGCUUGACCUGGUUUCAAGUCAAGAACUUAAGAAGGUUGAAUUAACUGUUAGCAGUAUUAACAGUGCUUCCAGACUAGUGAAAUGUGAGCAGGGCGUAGUGGACUUAAACCAGAUUUUGGAUCUUAAGGCAUAUAGUGGAGAGGUGGCAGAGCUACCAGAAAAACUAAUCUCUCAUGGAACCCCUCACCUAACCAGUGGAAUAGGAACAGUUUCUCUCUUCUACUCCUCCACUACCAAGAGUAAGGUUGAGAGGUUUCUCCAGGCUCUCCUCUGGGACGGAGUGUAUCCGGGUAUAAGGAUCUAUAGACUCAAGGGCGUGAUACAGCUUGACGUUGGACAGCUGAUGAUACAGGGUGUCCAGGAUACAUAUGAUACAUAUCCCAUCAACAGCAGAACCACGGAUGGUAAGACCACACUGGUUUUAAUUGGAAAAAAUUUGGAUCAAGAACUUCUUCAGGAUUUUACUUGGAGACUACAGUUGUUGUUGGGCACUUCAACAGAUAGGCGGGAAAAUGUGGCGAAACAUACUUUUCCUCCUGCCUCAACUCCAUGUAAAAUGUUCAGGGUUUCAUCAUAAAAACAGGGUAGAAAGAUCUCUUCUGAACAGUUUAUCUCAACAACAGGAUCAUGGAUCUCAUGGUCAUCAUCAUCAUCAUGCCAAUCUCCAUUCUCGUGAUGAUAAUCAUCCAGCAACUUCAUCAAAUCCAACAGAAAUCUCUCAAGGAGCCCUCCUAACACAAAGGAAAACGUUAUCUCCCCGUAUCCUGAAAACCCAGCUGGAACCUCCUAAAACUCUGUAUGCUGCACCUCUUGAAGGUUCUCCAGGUAGCUCUAGUGACCUCUCCUCUGCCUUUCUUCAAACUCCUCUUUCAGAUUCUGCUUUCAGCUUACAUGCAACUUAUGUAGAUACUUCUAGAGACCUUCCUGAUGGCUCAAAUAAAGCUCCAAUUUCCACACCUCUGCAAUCUCUGUAUGGAGCUCCUCUGGCAGAUUCAUCUCAUGAAGACCUUUCAGAUGGCUCAAAUAAAGCUCAAAUUUCCACACCUCUGCAAUCUCUAUAUGGAGCUCCUCUGGCAGAUUCAUCUCAUGAAGACCUUUCAGAUGGCUCAAAUAAAGCUCAAAUUUCCACACCUCUGCAAUCUCUAUAUGGAGCUCCUCUGGCAGAUUCAUCUCAUGAAGACCUUUCUGAUGGCUCAAAUAAAGCUCAAGUUUCCACACCUCUGCAAUCUCUAUAUGGAGCGCCUCUGGCAGAUUCAUCUUAUGAAGACCUUCCUGAUGGCUCAAAUAAAGCUCCAAUUUUUUCACCUCUUCAUCCUUUGUAUGGAGCUCCUCUUCCAGAUUAAUCUUUUGAGGACCUUCCUGAUGGCUCAAAAAAAGCUCCAAUUUCCACACCUCUG